AUGUCCAUGAAAUUUUUUGCGGGUUUACAAGAUUUCUUGGGUUUGUAUGAUACGUCAUCAUCAAACAGUGAACAACAACAACAAGAGGAACAGCUGGCAUCAUCUGCUUCAACGACAGCAACAAUACCGGCAGCAGCAGUGGUAAAAGCAGCAAGUUCUUCGUUAUUAUCGCCACCUUUAGUAUCGUCAGUCAAUUCGGACAUAAUUGAAAGUGAGAAAAAUUCGUUGAGACAUAUUUCCGGUGUUAGUAAGAAUUGUAUUGCCGUUCAAGACGAACAGCAGCAGCUACAUCAUUCGAAAAUAACACUGGACGAUUCGGAAGAAGUCACAGAUGCAGAAGAGAAGAUACGGCAGUGCUCUCAUAAGCGAAGUGUUCAUUUCCCGGAUGUUAUUGUAACGGAUUUCUACGAUGCACCAACAAAUAUCUUCACUAAUAAGAAUACAAGUGACACUAAUGCUAUCAGUAUUUCCUACUUGAAUAUUUGCAAGCGUUUGCGAGUGGAUCCAAUCCAAGCUGUACAAGAACAAAUAGCCUGUUUUCAUCAAGUGAUGGGUGUGCGCCAAGAGUGUCUCUCCUUAAAAGGUCAUCGUUUAUCUUCUACUGAUAUGGAAUGUUUGGAAGAAAUUUUCAAUAAAGUUCAGUUUGAUAUGCUUGAUUUCGAAUACACCUUUCUGGAUGAUGAUAGUGCCGUCUGUCUUGGAGAAAUGCUUGAAUUUUAUGAUUCUGCAGUGAAAUUAAAUUUGUCUUUUAAUAAGCAAAUCAAUUUGCGGGGUUGGCAAGCCAUAUGUAAAGCUGUAAGGGAUGCACCUUCUAUGCAGUAUUUGAAUUUACGCUACACAUCUUUAUCCGAUCGUGCUGUGCCGGUAUUGGCUCGUGCUUUACGCUCCCAGUCAUCGUUAACUGUCCUACAUUUGGAAAACGUUUCCCUUUCUGGGCGAAACUUGAUUUUAGUCGGAUGUGCACUGAAGGGAAAUACAAUUUUGCGAGAGCUUUAUUUGGGUGAGAAUAACCUACAACCUGCAGAUGGUGCUCACAUUUAUCAAAUUAUCAUCACCAGUGUAUCAAUUCAGUUGCUUGAUCUACGAAACAAUCAUUUGCAGGAUGGUGGUCUGCGUCAUAUUUGCGAUGCACUAAGGCACCGUGACACAGCAAAAAAUAGUGCGUUGUCAGCAUUGGUACUAUGGAAUAAUAGAUUGACUAGUUGUGGAAUGGAAGCAUUGGCGCAAGCAUUGAUGGAAAAUGGUAAAUUGGAGACGUUAAAUAUUGGUAAUAACAGUCUCUUACUGGACGGUAUCGUUAAGCUGAAGCCAGCAUUGCAGCAGAAUUGUAGUUUGCAGAGGCUUGGCUUGCAGGCGACAAAUCUUGAUUGUCAAAGUGCAAUUGUGUUGGCAGAAUGUUUAGCGGAUAACAAAGUGAUGAUACGACUAGAUUUACGGGAUAAUCCACAUAUUGGAUCUGCUGGCCUUUUAGCACUUCACCUUGCAAUGAAAAUGAACACUUCACUAACAGUCUUGAAUUUGGAUACAUCAGUUGCCCAGUCCAGUAGUUUAAAGGUUAAAGAAUACCAGGAACAGUUUAAAGUAUAUUAUGAGGAGAUCAAAAUGUUUUGCGAACGAAAUAAGGAAAUUGCACUUAAAAAGCUUUCGGUCUUUACAACUGUCCAAGAUGGCACCAUUGACACGGAUGUGAAGCAAAACGAAAAGAACACGGAGGUGAAGCAGGAUGAAGAGAAAGAUGUUGAAGAACAGAAACAAGAAAUAAAGAUGACGAAAAAUGAGCACCUUGAUAAUUUGGAAGUUGCUGAACGAAAAUUAAAUAUAAUGUCAAAUAAUGCGGUUUGGUUGUUGGGUCGAUCUUCCUCUUUAACCUGCACCGAGACCAUCGAUGAUAUCUCAGAACGCGUUGCACAGAUGACUCAUUCACUAGCACUGAUUGAGCAAAUCCCAGACAGCAUCACUACUACCAUGAAACAGCCAGAUGAAAGCUACCCUGCAUUGUUCACUAAAAAUGAGCUAUCAAAAUGUCCAUCUCUUCCUUCAAUAACUGGAGAUCAUCCUGAGACUGGAAUGAACCAACCGGUGAAAAAAAUAUCAAGACGCUUUACAGUUUCUACUUCAAGUUUGAAUGCGACAAAUCCGCGAGAUGUUGUUCGAGCAAAAUCGCGAUUUAAGGUUGAACAAGUAGGUUCGUCAAUUCAAAAAACAGCAAAAGCUAAAUCAGAUGACUGCAUUCCAUCACAACGAUCACUUGAUGAAAGUUUCGUAGUUGAUACACAUGGUCCCGACUUUUUGACUGCAGAAGGUGCAACUUUAGAAGUCGAAAAUCUGACAGUUGAACGAGUGAAAGAAUCAGAAAAUUCUGGAUUUGUUGACAAUGGCGAACUGCCCGGAAGCUUUCGAUCUCGUGGUGAGGAGAGAAUGAAACGCGUAAUAUCUCAAGAUGUACAGGAAAAAGAUGAAAGCUGUGGUACGAAAAAUGUAAUGAAUUCCUAUGAGGAAGAGAUAGUUCAGCAACGUGUAGACGAAAAAAGUCUUCCAUCUAGUUCUCUACAGUUCAACGCCGUCAUCACUUUACAGCAGAAAUCGGAUAUGAUAUCAACACAGGACUAUUUUGGCGAUGCUACAUUUGUGGUUAAAUUUACGGAUAAUGUUGCCCUGAAGCUUGAUGUUGAAAAAUGCUCUGCUUGUGAACAACCCGUUAGCAUGAAGCAUCCGAUGGAACAAUCACCACAGGAAGCAAGGGAUGGGAACAGUGCUACAAUGAAAUUUGACACGGCUUUUUCCAGUUGCUCUGCAGUGAAGGAUGAUUCGGCAGAUACACGUGUAGUAAAGGAAGUUGUUCGAGAUCUGAUUAAUUAUGUCGUUUAUGAGAUAAGUGACGACGAUUCAAUUCAUUAUCAAAAGCUAUCGGAAAGCUCACCUGCAAUUCGUCCCCUAUUAUCUGUUUCCAGAAGUCCAUCAAGUUCUACACUGAAUCCAUCUCACAAUGCAGAAACGGACGAAAAUGUUAUACAUAAUAUAGUACGUGGACUGGUACGAGAUAUAUUACUACAAGAAAAAGAAUUACUAAGGCGAAGUUUAAGGAAGAAACGACGACAUCUUGUUACGAUGUCUAAAAUGGAUUGUAGUUCGAGUAGCUGA